GUGAAGGAGGAGGGCGGUGUGUGGAGACGUAAGGAGGAGAAAAAACCUAGUAAACCUGACAAAGCGUCUGAGAAACAGUGCGAAGACUGUCCGCGGAAGAAGAAAGAGAAGGAGACGCGAAAGACGCUCUUUUCACCGGGGGAACGCGCGCUGAUGGAUUUUAGGACAUUUGGCACCGGACAGCCAUCCUCUCGUGCAGUUUGAUCAUCGUCCCGCGUCCUUAGUCGCUGCAAACUUUCUAUUUAGUUGACAAGUGCGCUGUAUGAGAAGCCCUGGACGCGCUCUGCGCCCUGGAAGAAACUUGGUGACGGGAGGAAAGUUUCGGGGGGACAGCGCUAUGGUUUCCCGAGCUGUUGACGAAGGAUACGCUGCGUGAACUCGGAUUUGUUUGCAUGGCACUGGACUACGCUGGCCGACGGAUUUGGAAUAUAUCCUCAGAUCUGAGUUGAUGCCUGUUGAUUAUGGAAUAGUAAGCUGAAAAAGGCAGCGCCUCUCAGAUUUUUUUUUUUUUUUUUUUUUUUUACUGCAUUGUGGUCUUGGAGACAUUCCUCCCUCUGGAUUCAGCACAGGCUCUCUCCUCCCUUAUCUGUGCAUGCCAAACGGAGAUCUACACGAUUUUAGUCCUCCCUGCCCAGGUGAUUGGGGGAAUUCCAGUGAGUGACGGGCUGACCCGGCAGCAGUUGAUGGUUGGGCGGACUCCCUCAGAUGGGAUCAGUGUCCAGGGGGAGGUGGAGAAGGGGGGUAUGGGGAGCUCUGUCCGCCACUAACGGGAUGGCCUCGUGGGCCUGGCUGCUGGCCGCUGUCCUGCUGUCCCUGCUGACUGUCAGCGUUGCCCGGCCGCCCCUCACCGCCACCAAGGAGGAGGAGGGCACUCUGGAACCUGAAGAGGCAUCGAACAAAUACCAAAUUUCUAAGCCCACGGUGUGCUCAGUGCACCCGGGGGAGGUGCUGAAGCUGAGCUGCCCUCUGCCUGCGACGGGGACCAUCACCUGGACCAAAGACGGCAGCUCUCUGGGCACAAACAACCGCACGCUGAUAGAGCAGGAGGUGCUGCAGAUCCGUGAUGCCACGCCCAAGGAUUCGGGCCUGUACGCAUGCACCAGCGUGGGCAAAGACACGGUCUGCUUCAUAGUCAAUGUCACAGAUGCCAUCUCGUCGGGGGAUGAUGAAGAUGAUACAGAGCGAUCGGAGGAUUCUGGGGCGGAUGGAGAACAGAUAAGCCCUCCGUAUUGGAUCUCAUCGGCGAAGAUGGAGAAGAAGCUGCAUGCCGUGCCAGCUGCCAACACAGUGAAGUUCCGCUGUGCUGCAGGAGGCAACCCUCGGCCCACGCUGCACUGGCUUAAAAACAGCAGGCCUUUCCGCCAAGAGGACCGCAUGGGAGGGUAUAAGGUGCGCAGUCAGCACUGGACCCUGAUCAUGGAGAGCGUGGUGCCAUCAGACAAGGGCAACUACACCUGUUUGGUGGAGAAUGAGUUCGGGUCCAUCAACCACACCUACACGCUGGAUGUCGUGGAACGGUCGCCACAUCGGCCCAUUCUUCAGGCCGGUCUCCCGGCCAAUACCACUGUGCAGGUCGGUGAGGACGCCCGUUUUGUGUGUAAGGUCUACAGCGAUGCCCAGCCUCACAUCCAGUGGCUAAAGCAUAUCACCGUGAAUGGUAGCCGAUACGACUCAAACGGAAACCCCUACGUCAGAGUGUUGAAGACUGCAGGUGUUAACACCACAGAUAAGGAGAUAGAAGUUCUCUACUUGCUCAAUGUAACAUUUGAAGAUGCUGGGGAGUAUACGUGCUUGGCGGGUAAUUCUAUUGGGCUCUCCUAUCACACUGCUUGGUUGACGGUGCUUCCAGCUUAUGAGAAAUCCCCAGGGCCCCUUUCUCCAGACUACGUGGAGAUUGCAAUAUAUUGCGCCGGAGUCUUCCUGAUUGCCUGCAUGGUGGGCAUUGUGGUGGUGUGCCGCAUGAGGAACACCGCCAAGAAACCCGACUUCGGCGGCCAACCAGCGGUCCACAAACUGAGCAAGCAGAUCCCCCUGCGCCGCCAGGUAACAGUGUCGGCAGACUCAAGUUCUUCCAUGAACUCGAGCACACCGCUGGUCCGCAUCACAACACGGCGAAGCUCUGCGCACGAUGAGCCAAUUCCCGAGUACAACCUUCCCGAGGAUCCACGGUGGGAGUUUGCCCGAGACAGGUUGACCCUGGGCAAGCCCCUUGGUGAAGGUUGCUUUGGCCAAGUUGUCAUGGCAGAGGCGCUGGGCAUCGAUAAGGACAAACCCAAGGAGGCUGUAACGGUCGCCAUCAAGAUGCUGAAAGAUGACGCCACUGAGAAAGACCUGUCUGACCUGGUGUCAGAGAUGGAAAUGAUGAAGAUGAUCGGCAAACAUAAGAACAUCAUUAACCUUUUGGGGGCCUGCACUCAAGACGGCCCACUCUAUGUGAUCGUGGAGUACGCCUCCAAAGGCAACCUGAGGGAGUACCUCAGAGCCCGGCGGCCACCCGGCAUGGAGUACUCGUACGACAUCGCCCGAGUCUCGGACGAACAGCUCACCUUCAAAGAUCUGGUCUCCUGUACUUAUCAGGUGGCAAGGGGCAUGGAGUACCUAGCAUCCCAGAAGUGUAUACACAGAGACCUGGCAGCCAGGAACGUCCUGGUCACAGAGAGCAACGUCAUGAAGAUUGCUGACUUUGGGUUGGCCAGGGACGUCCAUAACAUCGACUACUAUAAAAAGACCACCAAUGGUCGUCUCCCGGUAAAAUGGAUGGCUCCUGAGGCGCUGUUUGACCGGGUCUACACGCACCAGAGUGAUGUCUGGUCAUUCGGGGUACUGAUGUGGGAGAUCUUUACCCUCGGGGGCUCACCCUACCCUGGCAUUCCUGUUGAAGAGCUCUUCAAGCUGCUCAAAGAGGGUCAUCGCAUGGACAAGCCGGGAAACUGCACCAAUGAGUUGUACAUGAUGAUGAAAGACUGCUGGCAUGCCAUCUCAUCCCAGAGACCCACAUUCAAGCAGCUAGUAGAAGAUCUGGAUCGGAUCCUCACCCUGAGCACCAAUGAGGAGUAUCUGGACUUGUGCGCCCCUGCAGAGCAGUAUUCCCCCAGCUUCCCGGACACUCGUAGCUCCUGCUCCUCCGGCGACGACUCCGUGUUUUCCCACGACCCCCUACCAGACGAGCCGUGCCUCCCCAAGUACCAGCACAUCAACGGGAACGUCAAAACAUGAGCCGUCGGCAGCCCCGACUUGACCCGCCCCCCACCUCCUCACACGUACCCCCCCCUCCGUGUCCUCCCAAACUCGCAAAGCACAGACACCUUGGACGUAAUCCUCCCAGACCUCCCGCCUCCCCCCCUCCAUCGCCCUCUCCGGCUCCCGGAGGACUGACGGACCCAGACGGGACUGGGACGGCGGCAGCGCUGCUUUCACACUUUCAUACUGCCGUGCACUCACGAGAGGUCUUAAGAGAGCGAGCCCCGCGGAGGCUGUUUUGUACUGACUGAAUGAACUGAUGUUCUCCCGGGACCCUCCUCCUCCUCCUCCUCCUCCUCCCCCCUCAUAUAAACACAUCUUGGUUCUCAUGUUUGUACCCAAAGGUUCUUUUUUGUUUGCAAUCGACGUUACUUGUUUGGCGAUCUGAUUCCAGUGGCUGGCAUUCCAAGACUGUUAUUCGCUCCUGGAGGAAUGUAUGGACUGAUGUGAACUCUGAAAACAAGGGACGAGAAGAGGAUGAUGAAUAGGAAAUAGACUGAGAGACAGAGCUCCAACUAACAAAGCAGGAGGGGAACAAAUAUUAAAAAGUCUCUCCUGUUUAUUUUUUAAUAUUGAUGCAUUUCUUUUUCAGUUCUCUUGAUAAACUUUCCCAAUUAUUCUGGAGAAAAAAAAAUACACAGUAUAAUGUAUAGUGCUGGUUAUAUUUGUAAAUAUAUUCAAAUAUGUAUAAAAAUAUAUUAUAUAUUUACAAUGAAUUAUUUUUUGUAUGGAUUCAGAAAUAGCCUUGACCCUCCCAACACCUUUUUAUUUUUGAGUUUGAAGCAGGUACGUUAACAGGUUAUGUGUCCUAUAUUUCUUUCCCAAACUCUCACACACAUGCACACACACACACGAACACACACACGCCUGUCUUAUGCUCAUUCAGUAACACAUUUGAGUAUUGGCUUUCAGGGACUGAGGUAGCAUGUUAAUUUAUUGACUUACUUUUUUAAUGACUCAAGAAUAAAAAAACAAAAAUAUGGCAGAAAUGAUGACAUUAAUGAUGCUGAUAAUACAUGAAUAAUCCAUUAAAUGUAUGGUAAUUUAAAAUGAUCUUUCAACAGUAACAGAAAAAAUGUUUUUAGUGAGUUGAAAGAUCGAGGUUUUGUAAGUUUUAUAUAUGAAUGUGAAUAUUAAGUUAAAUUUAAAAAAAAACUGUACAUUUUAUAGCCAGCUAAUCCCUUUCGUAUGUAGAUGUUGAUGCCAUUUCUAUCCAGUCUUUCUUAGCUUUGCUUAGGAAAUGAGAUUGAUUUCUGGAUAUUUAUAUAAGAUUGAAAGAAAUAAGAAUUUUGAGAUGCCGACUAGCUAUCCACUCCCUCUUUUAGACUAAAUAGAGACUCCAAAUUUACUUGACAGAAUUUAAAAGCUGAAAGACAAAGUAUUAAAUCAUUCAAGUGUUUUUUUUUUCUACUGGACCAACUUUAAGAUGAUGUUUUGCAGGUGUUCAUGCUACAUUUGCGAAAUAAAUGAUGGAACAAUGAA